AGUUUGGUUUGCGUUAAACCAGCUUCGCUUGGGAGCGAAGGAUUGGUGGAAGCUUGUGACGGCACACUUUACGCCUGCUGAGCUUACGGCAGUGACCUGGGAGAGGUUCACUGCCAUGUUCCGAGACGAGUACGUUCCCCAGGUGGAGAGGGAGCGUUUGGCCCAGGAGUUUCUGACCCUCAAGCAGGGUACUGAGUCUGUUACGGUGAUUACCAAGAUGUUCCACGAGAGGACGAUGUUCUGCCCUGAGCACGUGUCUACUGAGCAGGCACAUAUGAGCCAAUAUUUGAGUAUUUUGAGACAAGACAUCCGGGAGUUCGUGGCGAACUCCUCGUACCGGACAUUUUCCGAGCUUCAGGAAAAUGCCCGGAAGAGGGAGAUUGAGCUGGAGACUCAGGCUAGGGAGGAGGCGGAGUCUCAGGGGAGGGAUCGGCGACCGGCACAAUCUCAGCCGACAGCCAAGCGGGCCAGGCCUGCUGAUCCCAAAUCGGGGAGCCAGAAGGGCCGCACUUGUGGGAAGUGUGGCAAUGGUCAUGAUGGAGUUUGCAGGGCUGGAUCUUGCUACAAGUGUGGCAAGGAGGGGCACAUGGCCAUGGACUGCCCCAAGGGGUUUGCAGUGUGUUUUCACUGCAACCAGACCGAACACCGGAAGGCAGAGUGUCCGCAAUUGCGAGGAUCAGCUCAGGGAUCUGCCCCUGCCGCCAUCAGAGCUACCGAAAGUCGGCCAGUGAAGACCGAGGCGCCGAGAGCACGAGGGAGAGCUUUUCAGUUGACCGCGGAGGAGGUCCGCGCAUCGCCCGAUGUCGUGGCUGGUACUUUUCUUGUGAAUUCUGUACCUGCCUUGGUGUUAUUUGACUCGGUUGCGAGUCUGUCUUUUGUGUCUUUGGCUUUUAGUCAGCAUAUCAGUCUUAGUUGUGAGGCGUUGAGUUGUCCUCUGAGAGUUUCCAUAGCUGACGAGAGAGUGAUAUAUGCCACGGAGGUAAUCCGCGAGUGCGUAUUCGAGAUCUUCGGAGUCGAGUUCCCGAUUGAUCUGGUUCCUAUUGUAAUGGGCGAUGUCUGUGUCAUUGUGGGCAUGGACUGGUUGAGCAGAUUCAGUGCAGUUAUCUAUUGCGAGCAACAGUCGGUGACUAUACGAGACCCUAGUGGGGGAGUUCUUACAGUGUACGAUGAGGGUACCCGUUCUGGGUCAGCGUUUUGUUCGGCCGCUAGGGCGAGGCAGUGUCUACAGCAGGGUUGUAAGGGUUUUGUGGCAUAUGUGAUGGACUCGAGGGUUGAUUCAGAGAGGCCGAGGUCAGUUGAGGAGGUUCCAAUAGUGCGCGAGUUUCCGGAUGUAUUUCCAGAGGAGUUGCCUGGUGAGCCUCCCGUGAGGCAAGUGGAGUUCAGUAUCGAUUUGGUUCCGGGAGCCGCGCCUAUCGCCAAGGUGCCUUAUCGCCUUGCACCUCCAGAGAUGCAAGAGUUAUCCUCGCAGCUUCAGGAGCUGUUGGGAAAGGGGUUUAUUCGGCCGAGCAACUCGCCAUGGGGAGCGCCUAUCCUUUUUGUCAAGAAGAAGGAUGGUUCACACCGGAUGUGCAUUGAUUACCGGGAGUUGAACAAGCUGACGGUCAAGAACCGUUAUCCGUUGCCAAGGAUCGAUGAUUUGUUCGACCGGUUACAGGGAGCAUCUUGGUUCUCCAAGAUUGAUUUGAGGUCUGGAUAUCAUCAGGUGAUGUUUUGAGAUAAGGACGUCCAGAAGACAACAUUUAGGACGCGUUAUGGGCAUUACGAGUUUGUGGUGAUGCCUUUCGGGCUCACCAAUGCCCCCGUAGUGUUCAUGGAUCUCAUGAACCGAGUGUGCAGGCUGAUGUUGGAUCGGUCGGUGAUUGUAUUCAUCGACGACAUUUUGGUAUAUUCGAGAUCUGGAGAGCAGCAUGAGGAGCAUUUGCGGGAGAUCCUCGGAGUUCUGAGAUCGGAGAGGCUUUAUGCCAAAUUCUCCAAGUGUGAUUUCUGGUUAUGAGAGGUCCAGUUCCUAGGAUAUCUCGUUAAUCAGAAAGGGAUAUUGGUCGACCCGGCCAAAGUCGAGGCAGUGAUGAGUUGGGAAGUGCCGAGGUCACCCUCCGAGAUCAGGAGUUUCUUAGGGUUGGCGGGUUAUUAUCGGAGAUUUAUCAGGGACUUCUCCAAGAUCGCAGUGCCACUCACCAGGUUGACCUGAAAGGGUGUCGCUUUUUCAUGGGGUCCCGAGCAGCAGGCCUCCUUUGAGACGCUUCGCCAAAGGCUAUGCGAAGCCCCAGUGUUGGCCCUCCUGGAAGGGAUGGAGGACUUUGUUGUCUUCUGUGAUGCAUCGAUUUUGGGACUGGGGGCAGUGGUGUUCGCCCUCAAAUUUUGGCGUCACUAUCUGUAUGGGGUUCGGUGUACGAUAUACACGAACCAUAAGAGUUUGAAGUAUUUGAUGGAUCAGCCCAACCUAAACAUGCGUCAGAGGAGAUGGUUGGAUGUGGUCAAGGAUUAUGAUUGUGAUAUUGGUCGACCUGGCCAAAGUCGAGGCAGUGAUGAGUUGGGAAGUGCCGAGGUCACCCUCCGAGAUCAGGAGUUUCUUAGGGUUGGCGGGUUAUUAUCGGAGAUUUAUCAGGGACUUCUCCAAGAUCGCAGUGCCACUCACCAGGUUGACCUGAAAGGGUGUCGCUUUUUCAUGGGGUCCCGAGCAGCAGGCCUCCUUUGAGACGCUUCGCCAAAGGCUAUGCGAAGCCCCAGUGUUGGCCCUCCUGGAAGGGAUGGAGGACUUUGUUGUCUUCUGUGAUGCAUCGAUUUUGGGACUGGGGGCAGUGGUGUUCGCCCUCAAAUUUUGGCGUCACUAUCUGUAUGGGGUUCGGUGUACGAUAUACACGAACCAUAAGAGUUUGAAGUAUUUGAUGGAUCAGCCCAACCUAAACAUGCGUCAGAGGAGAUGGUUGGAUGUGGUCAAGGAUUAUGAUUGUGAGAUCCUGUACCACCCAGGCAAGGCUAAUGUUGUAGCCGAUGCACUGAGCCGCAGGGCGGAGAGCACCCCACUGCGGGAUGUAUGUUUGAGGUUGACCGUGAUAGCUCCAGUGUUGGACGCCAUUCGUGGGGCACAGGCCGAGGCUGUGCAGCCUGAGAUGCAGAAGAAAGAGCGAGUUGUUGGAUUGAUUUCAGAGUUUGUUACCGAUGGUCGGGGACUUAUGACAUUCCAGGGGCGUGUCUGGGUGCCGUUUGUGGGAGGAACGCAUACCAUUUUGAUGGAAGAGGCUCAGCGGUCGAAAUUCUCGAUUCAUCCUGGAGCCACUAAGAUGUAUUUGGACCUGAGGAAAGAGUAUUGGUGGCCCUGUAUGAAGAGGGAUGUUGCGUGGUUUGUUGAGAGGUGCUUGACUUGCCGUAGGGUUAAGGCCGAGCACCAGAGACCGCAUGGUAAGUUGCAGCCGUUGGAGGUUCCCGAGUGGAAGUGGGAACAAAUCACCAUGGAUUUUAUCACCAAAUUGCUAAGGACUGCCAGGGGAGUCGAUGCAAUUUGGGUGAUUGUGAACAGGUUGACGAAGAGCGUUCACUUCCUUGCUAUCAGCGAGAGUUCUUCAGCUGAGAAAUUGGCAGAGGUAUAUGUGAAGGAAGUGGUGUCACGGCACGGAGUGCCGAUCUUGAUCGUUUCAGACCGUGAUGUGCGUUUCACUUCUAGAUUCUGGAAGAAGUUUCACGAGGAGUUGGGUACUAGACUGCAUUUUAGUACUGCAUAUUACCCCCAGACAGACGAACAGAGUGAGCGGACGAUUCAGGUGCUCAAGGAUAUGCUUCGGGCAUGUGUGUUGGAUUUCAGGGGAAGUUGGGAUACGUACUUGCCCUUGUCAGAGUUUUCCUACAACAACAACCAUCAUUCGAGCAUUGGUAUGCCGCCCUUUGAGCUGUUGUAUGGGAGGAGGUGUCGGACCCCCAUUUGCUGGGGAGAGGUUAGACAGCGUGUGAUGGGCAAUACAGAGAUCGUGAUUCAGACGGCAGAGUAGAUCCAGCAGGUCAGACAGAGGUUGUUGACCGCUCAGAGUCGCCAGAAGAGUUAUGCGGACAGACGCCGGUCAGAGCUUGAGUUUCAGGUCGGCGACUUGGUGCUCCUGAAGGUCUCUCCUUGGAAAUGAGUGAUUCGAUUCAGGAAGAGGGGCAAAUUGGGGCCCCGAUAUAUUGGUCCAUUCCGGGUAGUCGCGAGGGUAGGCAGGGUAGCCUAUCGUUUGGAUUUGCCAGCAGAGUUGGGACAGAUUCACGACACUUUCCAUGUGUCGUAAUUGCAAAAGUGCAUAGCCGAUGAGUCAGCAGUGGAUGCGAGCCUGAAUUAUGCUGAGAGACCAGUGGCAAUCAGAGAUCGGAAGGUCAAGGUUCUGAGGAACAAGGAGAUACCCUUGGUUUUGGUUCAGUGGCAACAUCGGAAGGGGUCUGAAAUGACUUGGGAACCGGAGCGUGAGAUGCGUGAGCAGCAUCCGGAGUUAUUUGUAGAGCGAGACUUCGAGGGCGAAGUCUAGUUCUAGUGGGGGAGAAUUGUAACAGUUCGGAUUCCCAGGUAUUAGUUAAUUGUGUUCUUUUUGGCUUUUGUGAGGAGACUAGGCGAGUUGGAGCCCAAACUCGCCGAGUAUGAUCGCGGAUAUGGACACGGGUUCGCGUCCGGACUCGGCGACUCCAAGAGUGGACUCGACGAGUCCACGCUGUUUAAUGAAACCCUAAUUUCCAGGGUUUGAGACCUAUUUAAGGGGGCUUAUGGCCGUCAUUUGCGGCCACCAACUCCUAGAGAGAGACCCUAAAGAGAUUUGAGCGUUUUAGGAGAGAUAAGAGGCCAUUGUUGACAUUUGAAGCUUGGUUUGGCAAGGCUAAGGAGUUUUCAGCUUAGAGGAGGCAAGUGGAGUGGACAUCCUUCGAUUUUGGAGUUCAGAACAUCAUCUUGGAGGCUUGAAGAAGGAGAAGAAGAAAGGAGCAAGGAGAAGGAUUGCAGAGCAGGGAUUCAAGGGAAAGCAGGAGCUCUUUGAGCCGGGGAGAUACCGGAGCAGCAGCAGUUAGCCCUCAGAGCUAUUCACUCAGCAGCCAGUUCACGAGUUUCAGUUUUGGGUUUCAAGUACUUCCGCUAGCAGAGGGAAGAGCUCGGGAUGAUGGCAUCGCACACACCACAGCUUCAGCUUUUAUCCUGGGAGUUGAUUUAGUUUUUGAUUUUGAUAUGACAUGGAUAUGAUACAGUUUUCCGCACAGUGUUUUUAUUAUGUUUGGGAUACAUCACGAGGACUAUAGCUCGGGAGAGUGAUUUCAGGGAUUUGCGAAUUACCAAGAUAUGCGAGGUACUAGUGAUGACCGUGGGAAGGCGCCGGCUUGGUCAGUACACACACGUGAUUUUUAUGCUAUGAGAUCUUGGGAUUAUUAUAUGUCAUGGAUUUGAGUUUCAAACAUUGAUGUUUUUAUAAAAAUUAAAUGAAUUAUGCUUUUAUAAAUUGCGAAAAAUUGUUUUGAAAUUUACGGUGUUACAAAUGAUAUUAAUUCCAUGUAGUAUCAUAUUUUUAUAUUAAAUUACUAUAAUUUAAUUUUCUUUUUGCUUGGAUGAUUUUGGGUUCAAUCAUAUUCUGUGGGUUUAUAUUGGCCAACAUGUGGUCCAUUGUUGGGUUGGUGAUGGAAAAGCAAGAAGGUAAUAAAAGUGUUUACAAUAUGAAGCAUUAAGCACUCAGAAUCAAUCCUGGACCGGGGACGAACCAAACCACAUACCGUUAGUAGGUCCGAUGAUGGUUCUUUAAUAUAAUGAAUUUCGGUCCUUCGGUUUUCGAUUUGAUUUCAAGGAAAAUCGGAAAACCUGCAUGUAAGAACCAAGAACAGGUCGUUGUAUUCCACAAGUAGGACUAGCAGGCAACAUCAUUAAAAAAGAAGCAUGACAAAAGUCCAAACGUUGCUCCAGACAACUUCAAAGCAAUUGUUGUAAUCCCAAAGACUUUUACAUUUAUUUUAUCUCAGGCAUGCACAUGUUUGGUUCGUUGAUUACCGGCAUAAUCCAAUGGAAUGGGAAUGAUGGAUUCCAUUUCAUGGUUGGUUUUUGUUGCCAAAUCGAUAGAAUUCAGUUAUGUCACCGCUACGAUUUUCAUAGAGGAUGGAUUUCAACAUUUCUAAGGAGGAUGUAAAAGAUCGCAACGGGAAGAAAGUGAUGACUAUUAAAGAUGGUGUUGAUAUAUUUGUAGAGUUUGUGGCCAUGAGAUUUGCUUCUUUCUGUUUUUACUUUUAGGAAUCAUGAGGUACUAGAUUUCAUGACACAGUCAUCCGAUGAUAUAUUGUAUCAAAUGAACAAAUGUUCUUUCCUUGAAUAGUCUUAAUUAUGGUUAAUGACAAUUUUACCAUUUUCUUUUA